AAGACAAGAUGUGAUAACAAACUUUCCAAUCACCAGGACUUGGGCCUUAUCAUCAGUUGUCACAAAUAGAUUUACUUUUUCCAAAACCAAACAACAUCCUACGACUCACUUAAAAAGUACUGUAUUAUGUCUUCCAAACCAUCAUCACUUGUUCCCAUCAUCAUCAUCAUCCUCAGCCUCACCACCGUGAUCCACCACCACUUAGUAUCCGCAAUUCAACUCUCCACCAGCUCACGAUGGAUUGUAAAUGAUGAUGAUGGUGAAAGAGUAAAACUUGCUUGCGUGAACUGGGUUAGCCAUCUUGAUGCAGUAAUUGCAGAGGGCCUGAGCAAACAACCUGUGGAUGUCAUUUCCAAGAAAAUCUUGGAAAUGGGCUUUAAUUGUGUUAGGCUUACAUACCCUCUUUUUUUAUUCACUAAUCGUACUUUAGGGGCUGUUACUGUCAGAGAAUCUUUCUUAAGACUUGGGUUGAUAGACUCCAUUCAUGGAUUUGAAGCCAAUAAUCCUCUCAUUAUUGAUCUUCCACUCAUUAAGGCUUUUCAGGAAGUGGUUGCAAGCCUUGAUAGAAACAACGUUAUGAUAGUAUUAGAUAAUCAAAUAAGCAAGCCUGGAUGGUGUUGUAGUGAUUCUGAUGGCAACGGCUUCUUUGGUGACCAAUACUUUGAUCCUGAUGUGUGGCUAUACGGCCUUGCCAAAGUUGCCACCAUGUUCAGCAGCUCAGCCAAUGUGGUUGGUAUGAGUUUGAGAAACGAACUACGUGGGCCUAAAGAAAAUGUUAGCCUCUGGUACAGAUAUAUGCAAAAAGGUGCAGAGGUAGUCCAUGCAGCAAACCCGAAUGUUCUAGUCAUCUUGUCUGGCUUAAGCUACGACAAAGAUCUAUCUUUCCUUCAAAUCCAACCAAUAGCCUUAACUUUUGGCAACAAGCUUGUUUUUGAAGUUCAUUGGUAUGGAUUUUCAAACGAGGAAGAUUGGAAAACCAACAACACUAACCAAGUAUGUGCUCAAGUGGUUGACACCAUAAUGAAUAGAGCAGGGUUUUUGUUAGAUGAAGAUUACCCUUUGUUUAUAAGUGAAUGGGGAAUUGAUCAAAGGGGCACAAAUGACUUUGAAACUAGGUAUCUGAAUUGUUUCUCGGCAUGGGCGGCAGAUCAUGACCUUGAUUGGGCUCUAUGGACACUUGCUGGGAGUUAUUAUUUUAGACAAGGUGUAGUUGAAAUGGAUGAGACUUAUGGGCUUUUGACUUUGGAUUGGAGUGAACCAAGAAAUUCAAGUUUCUUGCAGAAGAUAUCACCCAUCCAAUCUCCUUUUCAAGGACCUGGAUUAUCAAAAAAUCGGCCACACAAAAUGAUUUUCCAUCCAGCCACUGGGUUCUGUGUGCAACGACAAUCAUUUUCUAAGGAGUUGACAUUGGGUCCAUGUUCCGGCGGAGAGAGUUGGGAUUACACCUCAAGAAAUGCCAUAACAAUAAAGGGUACUUGCUAUUGCCUACAGGCAGAUGGUGUGGAAAAGAAAGCGAAGUUAGGCACAACGUGUACAGACAGGUCUUCACAAUGGGAAGAGAUAUCAGCCUCUAAAUUACACCUUUCCUCCAAAAUCAACAAUGGCACAGUUGUUUGCCUGGAUAUAGACUCCGGGAACACCAUCAUCACAAACACUUGUAAAUGUCUGGCCGGUGACAGCAUGUGUGAUCCUGCUAGCCAAUGGUUUAAAAUCAUAAACACCACAACAGAGUCAAGAGCGGGAACCUACGGUUGGAUGAAUUGGAUCAUGCAAUCCCUUGGGGCAUACUUACUAGGAUAAGAUUCUAUAUGUAUUUCGUAAAUUGUUAAUUUGAGUACUAACUGACGAUAUGAUUUAGCAGCUUCAUUGACAUUUUCAGCUUA